AUGUCUAAUAAUAUUGAAUUCAAUCUUCGCAACUUAUUCCAAUGGUUAGUUCAACCUCCCGGUCAAUUGAUUAAAAAGAAUUUUCUUAAUUAUUUCCUUAACGAAAAACCUGAAGUGAAAAUACCGCUUUGUCCUGCUAAUUUUUCUCAAAUAUAUAUUAAGGGUCCAGGAUUUGGAAUGAACGAAGAUUCAUUUCAUGCGUUUUGGGACGGGAAGAAAAAGGCGGUAGAUUCUGAUGAACCUUCGAAAGAAUUAACUAAGAAAUUCAAAGAAUGGAUCUAUGGGGAAUGCUACUGGUCAUUUGUCACUUUUGUUGCUUUGA